UGGGGUGUGUGUGGGUGUGGGGUGUGGAGAGAGAUGAUGGCGAUACGCGUGGCUGCAAGAGCGUUGCUUCGUGCACCCUCGUGCCUACUUUACGUCGGAGGAGGAGCUGACGUGUGGGGCAACUACUCAAUCUGACACUCGAAUCGCGUGACAGCAGACUGCGUUCUCUCGCCUGGAACGGCGUGCCAUCAACCCCUGACCUGAAGUAGGAACCGAGCGGGGGAGCAGUGUACCGCAAUACCUAAUUGGAUUGGUGGGUGGGUACCGUGUAUAGUGAGUGAGUGGUGACGCCACUGGCCUCGUGUGCCUUGGCCGGAGCUUGCCACGAAGCGUUUGAUUGUGUGAGUUAGAUUGGUGGUGGGUUCUGGUUAUGGUUUGUUCCGGUGGGUUUUAGCUGGUAGUGUAGUUGUGGAUUGUGCCGUAAUGGAGGGGACUGGUGUAAUUGGGAAGACGGCGGUUGGGAUUGGAGCCUGGACACUGUGGGGGACAGAUGUGGGUGUCCGAGCUGUUGGGGAGAUGGUGGAAGAAUUUAGCACCGCGGCUUUGCAUACGCGAGUGGUCAUUUUGGCGGGCUGCUUUGUAGGGUUUACGCUGGCGCUCUCCUCGUACCUGCUCUUCCAGCAUUUGUCGACUUAUAAUGGACCUUCAGAACAAAGAUGGCUGAUUGGAAUCAUCUUCAUGGUUCCGGUCUAUUCGGUCGCUUCGUUUGUAUCUCUAUCCUGGCCGGACAUUUCGAUAGAGUGCAACAUAUUGGGGAGUUGCUACGAAGCAUUUGCUAUGUACUCAUUUAGUCGAUACCUAAUCGCUUGCCUAGGAGAAGGGGAGGCAGCUAUUCUGAAACUAGAAAAACUAGAGUCGAUCGGCCCUCACCAACCUCUAUUGGGCCACCCUUCUGACCAUCACCUAGCUUACCACCCUGUCCCUUUCAACUGGUUUCUCGAGCCUUGGCAGCUGGGGCGCCAAUUUUUCGAUGCAGUAAAGUUUGGAAUUGUGCAAUAUAUGAUAUUGAAAACGACUUGCGUUUGGUUGUCACUAUUUUUGGAACAAUUUGAUUUAUACGGGAAAGAUGAAUUUGACUGGGACAAAGGGUACCCAUACAUAACUUUCGUGCUGAACUUCAGUCAGGUGUGGGCUCUGUACUGCCUUGUACAGUUUUACCAUGCAACCAAGGAAGAGCUUCGAUCAAUAAACCCACUAGCCAAGUUUCUCACUUUCAAGGCAGUUGUCUUCGUCACCUGGUGGCAGGGCGUGAUAAUUGCAUUCAUAUUCUCAUCUGGGUUGGCCUUCAGAUGGUUUUCGAAGAAGGCUAUCUUUCGUGGACAUGUUCAAAGCGGACUUCAGGAUCUCCUCAUUUGUAUGGAGAUGGCAAUUGCAGCAUUGGUUCAUGUAUUUGUAUACCCAGCUACACCGUAUGUACAAGAGUUCAACAUCAUGGGAAUUGUUGCUAAAACAAUGGUGGAAGAAGAUCUGGAAGGAACGGUUGCACGUGUCAAGGAGAGCUUUCAUGACGUGGUCUUUGGAGGCGGCGAACAUGUCGUUCAAGACGUGAAAAUCACCAUGUCGCAAGCAGUGGAGCCUUUGGAGACCGGCAUCACAAAAAUCAACGAAACCUUCCAAGAGACAAUAGAAACAUGGGCUGGCGGCCACAUAGAGACGACGACCAAGGAGGAUACAUACGCUGUCAUGGACGGUGAGUCAGGCACAAGCGGCACUGAAUUUGUAAAAGAAACCAAGAUAGUAGAAAUUCUAGACAGUGAACAUCAAGAGGGUGAACCUGCUAAAUCUCACACAACCAACACAACGGAAGUGUCCUACAUUCCUGAAUCAGACCCUACCUCGUCGGCUAGUUCUGCUAUUUCCCCGCAUGAAGUCAAAGUGCCGGUGAAAACCACCUUUUGUAGUUUAAAGCAUGAGUCAUAAGUUACGUGACCCAGACAGAGUGCACAAUCCUGGUCACGGAUCCAUCUUGGGAACUUGAAGCUGUAGAGGAUUGAAUUGUAAGCUGGUAAAGGGUCUUCAAAAAAACAUCCUCGAAAGGAUCAUAUGGAGCGUGCAUCAAGUUGAGGUGGUGGCAUAGAUCUGUAACUCCACCUCUUACGACUGUUUCUCUUUGCACAAUAUGAUUCGUGUGAACGUUUCAUGAACUCCAAGCGAGUUCUGCAAACGGUGCUCUUCAUCAUUUUGCCUGUACUAGUAACCUGUGAAGAGCUUUCCACUUCCUCAAUGUGGCUUCUCAGGAAAAGCAAGAGCAUCUUCAAAGGUCUUUCCUGUACAUUCUUUAGUUCUCAUUCAGUUGUGCCUUUUGCAACUCUAUAGCAACUUCUGUGCCUUCUACAACUUUGUAGCAACUCUUGUAACAGAAAUAGUUUUGAAAACUUGAACAUUUUUCUAUUCCAGUAUCUCUAGUUUUGUUGUCGUGAAAAAAAAAAUUGUAAUUCAACUUAAUCUCUGUUCCUUUUUUAAUGAAAUUUCUCCAUGCAAAGAUGGAGAGGAUUAGAAUGA